AUGUCGGACCUUGCUAAAGGCGUCGGCAACCUGUUCGCCUCGGUUGUGGAAAUCAUCAAAGGAAUCUUCACCACCAUUCUCCAUCUCUUCGAGGGCGCCGUGAAUACGGUUAUUGGCCUCUUCAAGAGUGUCUUCAACCUGGCCGAGGGCGUGGUCGGCUUCAUCAUCGGCAACAUCUUCAUUCUGGGAACGUUGUGCGCAGUCUACUUCGGAUAUGUCCUGUAUCAGCAACGCCAGGGGAAACAGCCCGCACCCAUUUCCAGGGUUGCGGCGAAGAAGACGAGUUAG